AACGUGUGAGCAUCUGUUUGUUUAGUCUGGGUUUGUGACUCAUGGAGAAUUCAGGUGCAGUGAGAUGAAGAUGGCAGUUGCUGCUAUCCCUCGCUCUUGGAAUACUGCUGUUGGGCCAAAAUUACUGACACCUGAAACUUCUUGGUCUCCUCUCAACUUUCUACCUUAGACAGCAGAAUCUGUUUUCACAUUUUUCUGAAUCUCAAAGUGUAUACCUUUUUCAGAUAUAAGUUCUUGUAAAGGAGCCUUGGUGACAUAGUGGUUAAGUGCUUGGCUGCUGACCCAAAGGUCGGCAGUUCGAACUCACCAGCUGCUCCAUGUAAGAAAGAUGUGGCAGUCUGCUUCUGUAAAGAUUUACAACCUAGGAAACCCUGUAAGGCAGUUCUACUCUGUCUAUAGGGUUGAUAUGAGUUUCAAUUGACUCGGGGGCAAUGGGUGUUUGUGUGUGUGUGUAAGUUCCUGUUUCCUAUAUACAUGACAGUCAUAACUCUAAUAAUGUCUUCAAAUAGCCUCUCGCAACUCGCUUAGGCCUGAUGUCUCCUUUGCCUGGGAUGUCUUCUCUUGCAGGAAGGAGCUUCAUCUCAUAUAUGACAUGAACUCAUUCUCAUUCUCUUCUUCAGAACAGUUCUGCUUGUUUUGGUGAGUUCUAUGGUGACUCGCUCCAGCAGAAGGACUUGCAUAUGUAUUUUUGUAGAAGCAGAAAAAGGUAGUAGCUGAGGGCUUCAGCUAUGGAUUCAGACUUCAUGGUUUCAGAUUAUGGCUUCACUACUGUGAUUUUAAUAAAAUGGCUUUACUUACCUUUGCAUUUGUUUCCUCAUCUGUAUAAAUUGAAAUGACAAUGGUUCUUCUUUUGUAGGGAGAGUGAUCAUGUAAUUUAUCAGCCAGAUCUAGAAACUGUAAAGAGUGAAAAGGGACAUAAAUAGGAAUUUCUCUGAGCAAAUCAGGAAAUAGGUCACUCUACUGGUUUUUAACAGAAUGGAUGGGUUUACAACUAUAAAGCACUUAGAAUAGUGCCAGGCACUUAACUGUUAUUAUUUUUCAAUUUUUUUAAGAAAAUAAGUUAUUUCCCCAUGGGUAUUCAUCUUGUCUAGAUGGGUUUAUUUCUGUUUUAUCUUCGAAGGUUUCAGAAGUGUCUGCUCUGAAGUGUUUGAUCAGGAUUCAGCACAUGGCAUCACCUAGCAACUCAUCCACUGUUCUAGUCUCUGAAUUCAUCCUCAUCUGCUUCCCUAACUUCCAGAGUUGGCAGCACUGGCUGUCCCUGCCCCUCAGCUUCCUCUUCCUCCUAGCCAUGGGAGCCAAUGCUACCCUCCUGAUCACCAUCUGGCUGGAGAUCUCCCUGCACGAGCCCAUGUACUACCUGCUUAGCCUCUUCUCCCUGCUAGACAUUGUGCUCUGCCUCACCGUCAUCCCCAAGGUCCUGGCCAUCUUCUGGUUUGACCUCAGUUCUAUCAGCUUCCCUGCCUGUUUCCUCCAGAUGUUCAUCAUGAACAGCUUCUUGACCAUGGAAUCCUGCACAUUCAUGGUCAUGGCCUAUGACCGCUACAUAGCUAUCAGCUGUCCGCUGCGGUACCCAUCCAUUAUCACUGAUCAAUUUGUGGCUAGGGCUGCCAUCUUUGUUGUGGCCCGGAAUGGUCUUCUUACUAUGCCUAUUCCCAUACUUUCUUCCCAACUCAGAUACUGUGCAAGAAACAUUAUCAAGAACUGCAUCUGUACUAACAUGUCUGUGUCCAAACUGUCUUGUGAUGACACUGCCUUCAAUCAGCUUUACCAAUUUGUGAUAAGUUGGACCCUGCUGGGCUCUGACCUCAUCCUUAUUGUUCUCUCUUACUCUUUUAUCUUGAAAGCUGUGCUUAGAAUCAAGGCUGAGGGAGCUGCGGCCAAAGCUUUAGGCACCUGUGGUUCCCACUUCAUCCUCAUCCUCUUCUUCAGCACAGUCCUGCUGGUUCUGGUCAUCACUAACCUGACUAGAAAGAGAAUUCCUCCAGAUGUCCCCAUCCUGCUCAACAUCCUGCACCACCUCACACCCCCAGCUCUGAACCCCAUUGUUUACGGCAUGAGAACCAAGGAGAUCAAGCAGGGAAUCCAGAAAUUGCCAAGAAGGUUGUUAGACAUGAAAUGAA